GACAGCCGAGCUUCGGGACGCUCGCGCGCGCCCACUGGUGGCGGGAGGAAAAGACGCCCGCGGAGGCCUCGCUGUCCGCCUCUGCGCCGGGGUGGCUCGCGCUCCUGCUGCUCGCGCUUGCGCCGCCCGCCGGUCUCGGGAGCGCUCUCUCUCGCUGGUGCGCGCGCUCGCAGUCUCUGCCACCCACCCGCUCCCGCACCAGCUCCGGCACCGGCAGCAGCACCGCCGCCGCCGCCCACCUUCAGCCGCCGCCGCCACCACAGACACUUUCUCCUCUGCUUUCCUCUACUGUCUUCGCCCUCUGUCGACUGUCAGGUGGGCCUUCAACCAGGAUGGCCGAGCCCCGCCAGGAGUUCAACAUGAUGGAAGAUCAUGCUGGGACCUACGGGCUGGGGGACAGGAAGGAUCUCCCCUCUCAGGGCGGCUACACCCUGCUGCAAGACCACGGGGGCGACACGGACCACGGCCUGAAAGAAUCUCCCCUGCAGACCCCCGCCGAUGACGGAUCUGAGGAACCAGGCUCUGAAACCUCUGAUGCCAAGAGCACCCCGACGGCUGAAGCUGAAGAAGCAGGCAUUGGAGACACGCCCAGCCUGGAAGACCAAGCUGCAGGACAUGUGACUCAAGAGGAGGUGAGAGCCCCCAGUGAGCAGGGGAAAGUGCGCGAGAGGCCCCUGGCCUAUGGGCUUAGCUCUCAGGUUCAGCCUGGACAUGGCAGAGAAGCUUCUGGGGCCUCCAUGUGGCCUCUGGGAGAGAAAGAGCCCGAAGGUGCCGUCCUGGCCUCCGACCGUUCUCAGCAUCACCCCGUCCGCCAGCUGCCGCCCCCACCAGCAGGCCUUCCGGAGCCCCACCGGGCAUGGGGGCCGAAACGAGGGGACCGGGCCGAGGAGGAGCUGGCUUUUCCGAAGCCCACCUCCCCUGGACACCUGCUGCCAGAGCCUGGCAGUGUCACACUUGUCCAGGAAAGCAUCCUCAGAGAGCCAGGGCUCCAUGGAGAGGAGCCCACAGACUGGAGGACCCUGGGCCUGACCCUGCAGCCCCUGCCCCACAUGCCCAGGGCCCCCAUCCUGCCCGAAGGCCCCAGAGAAGCCACGUACCAGCCUUUGGAGCCAGAACCUGAGGACACAAAGGGAAGUCACCGUAGCCUGGGGAUGACACAGCACCAGCUUUUGGGACACCUGCGCCAGGAGACGCCGCCUCUGAAGGGGGACCAGGGCAAAGAGAGGCUGGGGGGCAAGGGGGUCGACGAGGACCGAGACAUCGAUGAGUCCUCGCCCCAGGACUCCCCCCCCUCCCAGGUCUCCCCAGGUCUGCAGAGCUCCCCAGCCCAAGGCGGGCCACUCCCCCAGACAGGUUCCAGAGAAGCCACUGGCACCCCUGGGGUCCCAGCUCAGGGUGCCAUCCCCCUCCCUGUCGAUUUCCUCUCCGAAGUUUCCACAGAGCCCCAGGUCUCGGAGCCCGAAGGGCCCAGCGCAGGGCUCGAGGAGGAAGGGCAUGACACGCCCCCUGAGUUCGCCUUCCAUGUGGAAAUCAAAGCCAACGUGCAGAAGGAACAGGCAGACUCAGAGGUGGAUUUGGAAGGGGCCGCACUUCCAGGGACCCCUGGAGAGGAUCAAGAGCCCUGGAGCCCCUCUGAGGGAGAGGACACAAAAAAGACUGACCUUCCGGGACCAUCCAAAAAGCAGCCUGUGGCUGGCCUGCCCGGGAAGCCCGUCAGCCGUGUCCCUCAACUCAAAGCUCGCAUGGUCAGUAAAGGCAAAGACGGGGCUGGAGGCGAUGACAAGAAAACCAAGACAUCCACACCUUCCUCUGCUAAAACCCUGAAACGUAGGCCUUGCCUUAGCCCCACACGCCCCAGUCCUGGUAGCUCAGACCCUUUGAUCAAACCCUCCAGCCCCGCCGCGCACCCAGAGCCAUCCUCUCCUAAACACGCCUCUUCUGCCACACCCCGACCCGGCAGUUCUGGAGCAAAGGAGGUGAAAGUCAAGGGGGCGGACACGAAGCCUGGAACGAAGAUUGCCACACCCCGGGGAGCGGCCCCUCCAGGCCAGAAAGGCCCAGCCAAUGCCACCAGGAUCCCUGCGAAAACCACGCCGUCCCCCAAGACCCCGCCGGGCACAGGUGAAUCUGGGAAAUCUGGGGACCGCAGUGGCUACAGCAGCCCCGGCUCCCCUGGCACUCCUGGCAGCCGCUCCCGCACCCCAUCCCUGCCAACCCCGCCCACCCGGGAGCCCAAGAAGGUGGCAGUGGUCCGCACCCCACCCAAGUCACCGUCUUCAGCCAAGAGCCGCCUGCAGACUGCACCCGUGCCCAUGCCAGACCUGAAGAAUGUCAAGUCCAAGAUUGGCUCCACCGAAAACCUGAAGCACCAGCCAGGAGGCGGGAAGGUGCAGAUAAUUAAUAAGAAGCUGGAUCUUAGCAACGUCCAGUCCAAGUGUGGCUCAAAGGAUAAUAUCAAACACGUGCCCGGAGGCGGCAGUGUGCAAAUAGUCUACAAACCCGUGGACCUGAGCAAGGUGACCUCCAAGUGCGGCUCACUGGGCAACAUCCACCAUAAGCCAGGGGGCGGCCAGGUGGAAGUCAAGUCUGAGAAGCUGGACUUCAAGGAUCGAGUCCAGUCGAAGAUUGGGUCCCUGGAUAACAUCACCCACGUCCCUGGCGGAGGGAAUAAGAAGAUCGAGACCCACAAGCUGACCUUCCGUGAGAACGCCAAAGCCAAGACCGACCACGGGGCGGAGAUUGUGUACAAGUCACCCGUGGUGUCCGGGGACACGUCUCCGCGGCACCUCAGCAACGUGUCCUCAACGGGCAGCAUCGACAUGGUGGACUCGCCCCAGCUCGCCACGCUAGCUGACGAAGUGUCCGCCUCCCUGGCCAAGCAGGGUUUGUGAUCAGGCCCCCGGGGCGGUCAGGAAUCGUGGAGAGGAGUGAGAGAGUGUGGGAAAAAAAAAGAAUGGUGACCCGGCCCCUCGCCCUCCGCCCUCCGCCCUCCCCCAGCUGCUCCUCACAGACCAGUCCGUCGGCCAAACACUUAACCUGCUUUUGUCGCUCGGCUCGGGCUCGGGACUUCAAAAUCAGUGACGGGAAUAAGAGCAAAUUUCAUCUUUCCAAAUUGAAGGGUGGGCUAGGAAUAAUAAAAUAUUUUUAAAAACA